UCAAAUUCCAAUAGAAAUAAAUAAGAGUAAGAUCGCAUUUAUUGAAUUGUUAAUGUUAAAUUUGUAUUAUUAGAUAUUUAUGAAUUUGCACAUUCCAUGAGAAUCAUGACUCCAUCCAUUUUAUUAUGAGAUUAUGUAGACAACUGAAAAUGACAAUUAUCAUAAUUCAACAUUUAUGAAUGAUCUGUAUUUUUUUAUUUUUCCAUUUAUGGAAAUAAUAAACAUCGUUGUAGCAUUGCACUGCAUUGUUCUACUUCCUUCGCCUCAUUACCUAAUUAAUUAUCAUUUGUAGAAGGUUAUGUGAUUCGUAUCGUGUGAAUGUCUGGUUGUUUCUUGAGUAUGUCGAGAAUAAUUGCAAUUUCUCUCGACUAUGCGAAUUUGACUCACAAAAUCUCACGUGUUCUCAUUUCCUGACUUCGAACAGGUACCGUUACUUGAAUAAAUUCUAAUCGAGAUAGCAUUCUCACUGGUAAGAAUAAUCUUUCAGUGAUUGACUCGCCUAUCAUCUUAUUUUCCCUUUGCAUUUUAAUAUUUCCACUUCUAUUACGAUCAACUCACGUGGAUGUCACUCAUAAUAAUAAACGUUUAUUGAUCAUUAAUAAAUCAAAACAAUUUCUUUAGAACAUUCGGCAGUAAAAAUUCGCAAGUGACAAUGGAUGUGAACCUGACGAAAUUGACUUUUAUAUUCAUGGCAUCAUCUGUAGGAUUUGUGGGAUUUUUAAUGCACGCAAUUGACGACUACAUGCCUUUAUUAAUUCGAAAAACCUUCAGAUACGGAAAAUUCGCAGAGAAAAAAGAUCACAUGCUCGUAAAUCGUCUAGAACUCCCAAAAAGAUGGUUCUCCCACUUUUACCUAUUUGCAGCCCCAGCAGCUUCAAUUUCUCUCAUUAUUGUUGUAAAUAGAUAUUUCUUCAGUGGACAAUUGCCAAAGAUUGUUCGCUGGCUCCUGAAUUUCCAAUUAGGCUCCUCUAGAAAAUCCUUAGUUCCAGCAGAAAAAUGUUUCACUGCGAUAUUCCUAAUUACGAUUCAGUGCUGGAAGAGAUUGUAUGAAACAACUCGUGUGAGUGUCUUCAGUAAUGCAAAAAUCAAUAUCAGUCAUUAUAUUGUUGGAUAUAUUCAUUAUAUCGGCACUCUGACGUGCAUCCUCGGAGAAUCCGAAGGAUUUAUCAACGCCUCGCAAAUCAGUUUCCACUGGAGCAAUUUGACAUAUCUUGAUUAUUCCUGUGCCUUUGGUUUCUUGUCUGCCUCAUACCUACAACUUCUCUCCAAUUACAUUCUUUCGAAUUUGAGAAAAGAUGGAAAAGGUGCGGUUGUCACCAAGUCCUAUAAAAUACCGAGGGGAGGACUCUUUAAUUACGUAACAGGUGCAUUACAAUUCACCGAAAUAACGAUGUACUUCAUGCUGACUAUUAUUCUGUGGAGAAGUUCAACGUACCAUUAUGUUUUUUUGUGGGUGGUUAUAAAUCAGAUACAAACAGCCGUUGAUUCUGACAGAUGGUAUCGAAUUUAUUUCAAAGAUUAUCCGGAGAAUCGUAAAAUAUGCAUUCCUUUCAUAUUUUGAGAACAAUUUAUUACUGGAUGGAUUGAUUAACUCAUCGAAGAAAUCGGUGGAAAAGAACAUGUAUUUCGAUUUACACAAAUUUUGAUCCUAAUAAUAAUAAUCAUCCAUCCAUAUUUAUAAUUGAGGAUCAACUAUGAUAUUUUCUUACAGUACGAAUAUUAUGAAUUUUUGUAACAGCCACGGCGAUUUCCAAUUACUUG